AUAUCACUGUAACAAUUUUUAUUGCCAUGCAAAUGGAACCUAACGGAACAUUUUACGUUCUUUUUUAUAGUGGCCGGAAACGAAGGUCAAGUGCAGACGAUGGUGUCAUGGAUGAUUGCAUGGCAGCCAUGGUUCUCAUGAGUCUCUCUUGUAGUCCUAAAUCCCCCUGCCUGCCCCCCAUCACAGGAUGGUCACCUUCGGCCGUUGCCAGCAGUUCGGGAGCAUCCAGCUAUUGUUCGGGUGGAGGGGGAUCCACACGUGCCACACCUUCCCCCCCUAUGAUGGAUGGCCAAACAGAUGAGGGAAUAGAUUCCGAUGCUUCCUCAUCCUUUGCUGCAGAUGAUGCGUUUCCAGCCCCCAAAAGAAAGAGUCCAUAUCGCACAAGAUUAGUCUUUCAAUGUACUUGGCCAGGAUGUGGCCAGCAGUACCCGGAAUGCGAACAAGUAGAGAGGCACGUAAGGACACAGCACUUGAAACGAAGUGGAGAGAUGCUAGAUUCUGAAGAAGGCAGCGACCACGAGGAAGAGUUUUAUUACACAGAAAUGGAGGUGGAGAGCACUCCGAGUCCAUACCUCAAUGGAUCUUCCAUCUACUCCUCUUCUGUGCCCACCCUCAGUCACCUGGACAUGGCAAGGCCAGCCCACGAGGACCCUGAGUACAGGAAACAUACUCAAGUAAGAAAGACGGUGAUAAGCCCGAGUUUCACGCAAGCAUCUCCAAUAUCCAUACCACAACUACAGAAAUCUGCAGUUUGGAACUUACAUGAAUAUGCUGCCAGUGCUCCAAGCACCAUGGGUUCUCCACAAAAAUGCAUGCGCCUCAGCUUGAAGUCGGCUCCAUCGCCCAGUAAAGCCUCGUCCCCAAUCCAUCGCAGGACACGCUCUGAGAGUCGCAAAUGCCGCAAAGUGUAUGGCAUGGAAAACAGGGACAUGUGGUGCACGCAGUGCAAAUGGAAAAAAGCUUGCACACGUUUUGUGGACUGACUGAUCCAGACAUGAUUCACCACCGAUUCCCAUCUGUCUUAAAAUUAAAAGGGGAUCUCCAUUCUUAAUUUGUUCCAGAAGAUCUUAAAAGUUCUACGCUGUUACCUAAACAUCACAUGAGCCAUGAAUAAGACCUAAAGAUCUGGGACUGAUACACAACGACAAAUCCUGAAAACAACUGAUACUUACUUCACAAGCCUUAAUGUAGGCUCCUUUUUUUUCUCUCUUCACUAUUUUGUUGGAAUUUUUCAUCCUCCAUUUUGGGGUCAAGGUUUCGGGAAUUUUUUUAAAUGUUAUUUAAGAUAAGUCAUUUUUCCAGAUUUUGGAAAAAGACUUAAAGUCACAUUAAUUUAUAAUAACUCAUUGUUCAAAUGUUUGUACACGUUUUUUUUGUUAAGAAAAAAAUCAUUUUUCAAAGUUAUGAGACAAUGUAACAUCACUCCCAUCAGGUAUAUAUAACGAAAAACUAUGCUUUAAGUGCAAUUAAUUGCAUUGGUCAUAGAAUCAGUAUCUCUGUUUUUACUUCAUAUUAUAUUAUUUAUACAUACAUAUAUAUAUAUUAUAUAUACAAAUUACUUUGUCAAUGUAAUAUUUUUAUUUACUCUAAACAUUAUUAACACGAAUCUUUUUGGUCAGAUGAUUAUCCGUGCCUCCAUUAAGUAUUAAUCUCGAUCUCAAUUGGAUUUGCGGCUCAAUGAUUUAAUUAAAAAAAGAAAGAUCGGCGUAGAACAAUAUGCCCCAGAAGCAAAACUGAGCUAUUUAUUGAGACACAAGUGAAAUGUUUCUCCGAUUACGAGUCUCAAUUUUUUGGUCUCGUCCAAUGUGAUAUAUAAAACGAGCAACAUUUCAAAAUGGACACAAUACUCAAAAGACAAGGAAGAGCUAUCCAGCAUGCUAUGGUCACUUUUGUGUGUAAAGAAGCUUUUGAUGCAUAUUGCCAUGCAUUUCUGACUGUGUUGAAUUUAAUUUAUGUUAUACUUGAUUGCUCAUGCAAUUUUUUUUAGCCAAUCGCAAUGAAUAGACUUUUUAUAUUUAUAUGUAAAUACGACCAUUUUAGUCUGUUUGAAAUUUAGUAUAUAUAGAUAUAUUAUAUAUAUAUUAUAUAAAAGCAUGUAAAAAGAAAUUUUAUUAGGCUUGCAGCUGUUAUGUUUUAUGUGCACCAGAUGGCAGCACGUUUGUUUGAUUCCUAUAAAAUAUGAAUCACAAAUUUGAUAGAGUCUGAGUUAAUACGAGAUUGAAAAAUUUAUACCAAUUCACUGCCUAGUCAAUGUUUUACACGACCAGUAAAGUUAAAUGUCACGUAAUAUAUAUGGAACUUUAUUUCAACUGCCAUUUAUUUGUUACUAGCUCAUUUGAACUUUAAAUAGAGAGAUAAACCAUAUAUAAGUAUAUGUUUCAUCUUAUAUAUUUAACAUAAAGUCUAUUUUUUACUGUAAAAAAAAAUAUGGAGGUUAAUAAAGCUCACUAGAAAAUACACAUUCAUAAACUAAAUAUUUUUAAUCACAGAAAUUAUAUUUGUAAAAAAUAAAAAGCGUAUAACUCAUACUCUCAAAUACCAAUAUUUUGAAAUCAGUCAUAGAGGUGGGUAAUAUUAUGUAAAAAAAUGUUUUAUAAGACCUUUUAUA